GAUGAAGAUAUCCAGGCAUGUGAGGAUGCUCUACAGGUAUGGCUCGACUAUCUUCUCGAUGAUAUGCGCGGACCAUCAGCAGCGGAAUUACGGCGUGACCGGUUCAAAUUCUGGUGUUCAGAGUAUGAAUUUCAGAUGAGUCGGCGCAUUCGCGGCCUCUUUUGUGACCCUGAUUGGAUUGGCGGCGCUUGGGGUAUGUAGUUUAGAAGAUGAUCUUUUUGAUCUUAUCAAGAAAAGCUUUCACGACAGGUUCAUGAGUGCUCGCGAACACGUCCUUGCCGCAUACAGAGACACACUAAGAAGGCAUGGACAAUCGGUUUACAUCUACUCGGACAAACAAGUCGAGUUUUCGUACCAUUACCGCCAAACAUUCUGGGAGGUCUGCUAUCCUACCGGGAUCGAACCGAAGUCUCAAAAUGACAAUUGGGAAAAUACCGAACAGAUCGAUCUUCUGCAUCGCUUAGAACCCCCAGAAAGUACACGUGACAUAACCGCAUGCCAGACGUUCCCACCAGAAAUUGCAAGAUGCAAACAUUGC